AUUAGGUACAUCGUAUUGUACUGUGUAGACCUACAUACGAACAUUGAAGUAGCAGACCCAAUCCAACGGAUCGAUAAUCAGCAAACACUCAGCCCUGCAUACAACACUCACCCUCGGGAUCCAUCCAUAUCAUCGCAAUGCCUCAUAGACCAAGCCCUCCUACUACAAGAUGACCACCACCUCUCCACCAUCAUCCCUCAAACCUCCCAUCAUCACAUCUUCUUCAUCACCAUUACUUUCACCACUACCAUCGCCAACAACGCCCCUCCCGCCUCCUCUCCUCCUAACCAUCCGCUUCAGCGCCGCCAUUCCGGACCUCGAGCUCGACAUCCCGCGGCCCUCCUCCACCACCGUCGUCUCCCUCAAACACCUCAUCCGCGCCCGCCUCUCCGAGCCCAACUCCCAGCGCCGCCUGCGCUUCAUCCACGGCGGCAAGAUCCUCCCCGACACCGCCGUCCUCAGCUCCGUCCUACGCCCGCCUCCUCCCCCGCCGCCCUCCGCCCGUGACAGCAAUGCAGGGUACAUCUACAGUAACGCCGCUUCGAAAGGCGGAGCACAACCUAAGGGCGACGGCGCUCAUGAAAGCAACAGCAGCGGAAAAGGCAAAUCCAUCCCAGGCCGCCCGGACCCAUCCCUACGCAUCUACGUGAACUGCUCCAUCGGCGACAGCCUGACCUCGUCCGAGCUCGACGCCGAAGCCACCGCCGCCUCCCUGCCCCCUCCCCUCGCCACAUCCACCACCACCACCACCACCGGAUCCCAAGUAGGCGGCGAAGCAACCUCGCCCCUCCUGCCCUCCCCGCUGCCCCCCAACACCCCCAGCACCUCCGCCACGCCGCGGGGCUUCGACCGCCUCCUCUCCGCCGGCUUCACCCCCGCCGAGGUAAACCAGCUACGCCUACAAUUCCGGAGCAUCCACGCGCCGCGGUACACGCCCGACACGCUGCCCUCGCCCGACAGCUUCCGGCGCAUGGAGGACGGGUGGAUCGACGACAACAACAGCAACCCCACCAACCCCAACCCCAACACCAGCGCUCUCAACAGCGGAGGUGGCAACGGCACGGACAGCGACGACGUCGGCCUAGUCGCCCUCGUCGACGUCAUGAUCCGCGGCGUCAUCACCGGCUUCGUCUGGCCCCUCGGCAGCGCCGGCUGGCUCAUCCGCGAGGAGGGGAUGGCGAGCGGGCGGUGGCGGUUCAUGGUUGGCGUGGGCGUGUGGUUCAGCGUGCUGAUUGGGAUUAUCAGGGGGAUUUCGGGGGAGAAGUGAAGAGAGAGGAAGAAAAGAGCCUCGUUUGCUUCACUUACACUUACACUUACACUUACUACGUACCUAAUUACCCCCACCCUCAUCUCCCCUCCCCGGCCACGCGAAUUAAAGCUACGAGAAAAGGGAAGGGGAAAGGGAGCGGGUUCUUGGGAUGUCGUUUAAAGAAGGAACAAGAAGGAGAAGGAAUAAGAAGAA